AUGGGCUGCUGUCAAAAUAAAGACUCUGAUCCAGUAUGUGAGCAUCCUGAAGUGAUCCUAAGAUCAGGCCAGAAAGUAAACACAAACAGUAAUUUUCAAUGCCAACAAUCUGAAAAAUCUCACUCAGAGCCCUCUACAAGUAUAGUUAAAGAAAAACAUAAAAAGCAAUCCUUAGAGGAGUAUGGGCAAGAGCUCUCAGAAGUCUACUCUAGGUUUGAAAGCCAUAAAGAAAGCGAUGAAUUCCAUCAAGUUCGCAGCCAGUUUUCAAUAAAAACCUUAGAGGAACUUCUAUUUCCAAAUAAAAAGUUUGAUUUAGUUUUUGACUCUUUUUCCAUUUUAUCAGAAAAUCGUGAAUGAACACAAAUAAUUUCUGAGCCUAAUCUCAAAGUAGAGCAAAGGCCUGCCAGUAUGUUCAAAGAGAAUCUUGUAAUGGUGAGAAGCAAAAUUAUCUUUGAGCCAAAUAUUCCACUUUUCAAGAUAGUGGAAAUUUUACAUAAGCCUGAGCUUAUAAAAAAUUGGGAUACUUCUGUAGAUGCCAUUACAUUGAUAACAGGGAAAACAUUUGAAGAUUCUGUUCUGCUAACGACAAGAAUAUUUAAAGGUAAAGAAAGGAAGUUUGUGGACAGAUGGUCGACCAGAGCAACUGGAGGAAUGAUCGUUUCAAUAGCAGUAGAUGAUAAAGAGCAGCCUGAAGUAGAAGGAAAUGGAGAAACUAUAUUUCAGAUGACAAUUGUCGAAGAAAUAAAUGCUGGCACUCGUGUAACAUUAAUUCAACAGUUGGAUCCAAAAAUUCAAGGAAAAGAGAUAGAAACACAAAUUAUCGAAAAUUUCAAAAAUUCUGUUCACAAACUAAGAAAAUGUAUAACUAAAUAG